AUGUCUAAGGCCACAAGGACUCGGUCUCUGACGCCACCGACCGAAGUCCAGCGGCUGACGGACCCCAGAACGUCGACUUACAAGCAAACGGCUCUGCGACGCUACAAUUCCGCAGAAAAGCUUGGCAGCAGACCUCGUAGUGUCAGUUCUCGAUCUUCAGAUUCGCCGCCGACCACUUUCCGACUCGGUUUCUGCUGCCCCUCACAGGCCGAGCUUGCACUGAAUCCCAAACCAAAGGAGGAGAAGCCUGCGAUGUUAUCCAACUUCUUCCAUCCGACCAAAGAUAUCGUACAUCGAAAUCGAGAGCCAUCCAACGCAACCAGAGGAGACUUCGAGGACACACCUCUUCCUAGCGCUCGACCUUCUAUGAUGGACAUAUCCCUGAAGAAACCCGAAAAGGACGUCGCUUCAAGCUUUUCUUCGGCGAAAAGUUGUAAAUUUCGACAUGCACUCCUCAAGACCGCUUCCGGGCGCCCCUUGUUGGUUGACAAAGAUUUACCCGUGCCCCCGGUCCUUAGUCGACAAGUCAGCGAAAGCCAAUUGCAGAACCCACGAGAAGACAUAAAAGGCUUUGAGAACAAGGCAAAGAUUGCCAUUCCAUCGAGAAAGUACUCGCCUUCCCAGAUGCAAGACAAUCCUGCACCUACUGUCAGUCAACGUCUCAUGGAGACCACGACCAACGUCGACCCUUACUUUCCCCGGGAAACCAUCUGCGUUGAUCCUCUGAUCCAUCCGGAUGAGUCACAUACUAAGGUUCACCACCGUGGUAUUCUCAAAGGUGCUGACUUCUGCGACACCGGUGUGCCUGGACAACCUGUUCCACAGCAACUUGAGAACAGGACAUCUAGCUCUUCUUCUUCUGCUUCGUCAUCUCCCUCUUCGGAGGCUGAAAUUGUUCUUGCCAAGGUGCGCAGAGCUAUGACUGGAGAUGAUCUUUGUCUCUCUACAGUCGAAGUCACUGUCCCAAAGCACGAUGGACACAGCCAUGCCAUGAAAGUUCGGCCAGCGUUCAAUCUACCAACCUUUGAGUACCCCAAUAUACGUCGCCAACAGCAAUCUCCUCCUGGAGUCUCCAAGGUCCGGCCGUUUGACCCAGCCAAGGAACAUUUGUUGCCCGAAGGGGAUAUCAAUGGACCGACAGAAAUCGAAAUCAAAGAGAGCAAGGACAAGCUAACCAAUAUACCGGUCUCCAAAGUCCGACCCUUUGCCCAGGAACCCCCUGAGCUGAAUCAUCAUGCUGGACAUCAAAGAGUGUCAAAAGUUCGGCCCUUCAGUGACGAAUCUGAUAACGGCAACCAAAAAGACGAGGAUGCCUAUUUUGCUGUCGGAUCAGAUGAGUCGGCAACCGAGGGGCCCGGCAGAGUCACUAAGCCACGUUUGGAGAGUACAACUCGCUCCCGAGCAAGCACUAUAGACUACAAGCGAACUGCUCAGUGGCUCCGGCAUCUACUGAAGAAUCCCGAAUCUCAUACGGCCAAGUUGACGGAAAGACCAUCCAAGGCAAAAAGAGCGUCCUAUGCUUCUUUGAAGAACUCUCAGGAACAAAGUCCAGCGUCGCGGAAGAUGACCCGUCAACCGACGCUUCCAACUACCGAAGUUGAGCAGAAUUUCUUCCAAAGCACUUUCGGGGAGCUAGAACGUCUCCUUCAAGAAGCUUUGGCACUGGCUUCUCGGGUUGCUGACGACGAAGAGGCAAAAUCUCCAGAGGCUAUACAAUCUCCGCAUGCUGUCUCAAAGGAAGCGGCACCCUAUGAUUACGCCUCUCAGUUCUCUGACAUCGACUUGGAUGAUGACGGUAAAGCAAAAGGACCACAAAACAAACGCGCUGCUACGUUUCCACAUUCCGGGCGGCCUGAAAUCCGUGCGGUAGACAAUCUCUACCGUACUAUUUCUCUCACUCCGCAGACCGUAGAGCUCGAGAGCAUGCUUGGUCGUAAGAAGAGUUCAGUUGUCAAGAAAACCAAACGUAGACGCAAAUCGCGAUCCCGGCAAGCUGGACCUGUGCCAGACAGAGUUUCGAGCAGGAAGAGAAACAAGGGCGUAAAGAAACCGAAGCGCACAAAGCCGAAGCAGAUUGUCGAUCAACUCCCGACAGAUUCAGAGUCUAGCAUGGACGGAUCCAAUGACUCCUCUGCAGUCAACUUCCCGACUCGAAAUCAAGCUCAAGGAAGCAGCGAGCCAACUCGACCUCGAGCAAGCACGAAACGGGUACCCUUCUUAUCCCGCAACACAGGCGAGGACAAUCUUCCUCAGGAGGACUUGGGCGGCCGUCCGAUCCGCAAUCCACGAGGGAUCAGCCUACGAGGCAAGUCUCAUGUCAGUCUCCGUGGUAUACAAGCAUUCAGUCUAGCCAAGUCGAAACGACGUCAACCCAUUGCUCGGGACUGGUCACCAGUCCGAAAGAGAGCCAUCGCGGCUGUGGCUUGCAUCAGUACGGCCCUGAUCGACCUUUUCGGCGCAUCCCUCAUGAGCAGCAAUCCUCAUCAAGAGGUUGUGGAUGACUUUGAUGUAAGGAGGCACGGAGGUGGUAUGGGUGUCUGGCUCGGUAUCUGGACAUGCUGCUACAUUGCAUCCCUUGGCUUUGGUUUCCUCAUUGGCGCCGCGGUGAUCGAUCAACUCCCACCAGACUCCGGGUUUUAUAUCAGUAUCGCCCUGACCGCCAUAGCCCUUUUGCUGAACACUCUAUGUCCAGAGGUGCGUCGUUCGGCGUUCCGAAGAUCAGUCGUGGAAGUCAGAACUGGCACGGAUGUCUCCCGGCGUGUUGCUCGCGGCGAAAUCAUGAUGCAUCGUGUUAAAACUGGACCCAAGUGGUGGGGCGAGGAAUUGUAUCAUGGUGUCGCACUCUGCUUUGAGAUGCUUCGACAACCCGGUUUUGCUGUCAUGGCCAUUUACUCUGGUUGGAUUUACGCCCAGGUGGUUCUCAUCAUCGUCUUGCUGGGAUCCCUGACUUCAAGAUUUUACCGAAUGCGGUCACCCUUUGUCGGGCUCAUGGUAUCUGCGAUAGCAUUUGGCGCACUCGCUGCUAUCCCAUUCCAGAAGGCCAGUUACUUCUCCAGAGCGAGACACACCCAGGUAAACACCAGUCGUAUGACAUUCGACAAACAAGUAACAUGGACAUCUCACCUUCUUCGCCGAUCCAUUUUCGCCAUUGGCCUCCCACUGGCUGGGAUCGUCUACACAUUGGUUUCGACUGGCCCACCAAUGCAUCCGAUUGCGCCUGCCAUUGUCGCCGCUGCGAUCGGCUUUCUUUCGUGCCUGGCAAUCUCAGAAUGCAAUGGACUCAUCAUGGAAACCUUUGACACUUCGGAUCUACAGUCUGGUAUGACUGGUCGGCCUCGGGGGAAUUCAGACAACGCACAGAAGAGGAAAAAUUACUCCGCCUACCCUCGCGUGACUGCAGGAUUUGCCGUUUGUCACACCCUGGGGUUCAUAUUCGCUGCUGGAGCAACUGCACUAGGCGGUAUGGCCCAGCGUAACCUCGGUCAGAGAGCAGCAACGGGAGUUGUAGCUGGAAUCUUGUUCAUUUUGACAAUGCUACUGACAUUGACUCUGAUUCGUUUCAAGGAGGUCACGAUCAUUCCGGAGAGCAAGACCGAGGCGAUGGAUAGGUGGACAGCUGCGCGCAGAGAAUCUAUCAAACGCCGCGACUCGAUGCCAACUGGGGUGAUGGACGACAAAGAUGUCAUCGCUGAAGAAGAGCCAUGGCGUCCGUUUAUUGUUGGUAAUCCCACCAGCAAAACACGACGAGUCAACGUCCUCGAGCUCGGUAGUCUGUCACGUUUCACGGAGAUCAGGAAGAGGAACAAACUCAUAGACGCUAACCAGCACCUGAACCGAGCAGCUUUCGAUGCUGGGAUAGAUGCACUUGACGACCAAAUCAGCGAUGUCAUGAGUGAUAUCGUUGACGAUGUCAAAGACCUUGUGAGAAGAGGUAGUCAGAGGAGUCAAAGAAGCCAACGGAGUCAGCGGAGCCAGCGAAGCCAGCAUAACCGGACCUCACGUUCGCGGCGAAACCAUCGAAGUGCGACAAGCGAUGGAAGUGGACACUCUUCUAUUGAGAUGACCUCCUUGGAGGACAUCAUGUCAGGUGGGCAUCGGCCCCGAUUGCCUGAGGAUGUCUACAGUGAACGAGAAUGCCUCAGAGGUCAAAUGGUCAAGGAAGAAUGA